AUGGCUUCAAUGAUAAAGUUGUCGAUUCUCUGCUCCAUGAUUGCCACGGUGACAUCUUUAUCUUGUGUGGCAUGUCCAAAGGAUCAAGUAUGCGAUCCACUUCCUGAAUCUGCAGAGUGUUUUCCGGCUAAAGCAGCCUGUGCAUGUUGCAAAACCUGUGCGGGACGAUUCGGUGACAAAUGUAGCACUUUGAGUGUAAGAUGUCAUCCUGACUUUGUAUGCGUGAAUGAAGAUGGGGUAGAAUUGUCAUCAGUGCCAUGGUAUACCUUUGAUUUUAGAGGUAUCUGCGUCCGAGAUAGAUGCCCUGAACCAAGCACCGGUGGUGAUGGUGGUAUUGUUCCAUUACCCGUUGGCAAAUAA